AUGGCAAAUCGGGUAUGGCGGUACGGGCUACCCGCCUGUCUAGCUAUCGUUGGAAUCUUCGCUUCAUCGAAUACGCCGCGUGCGACUUGGCCAAACGGACCUUUCGUCACUUCGGACCGGUGGAUUCACGAUGCCACCGGCUCAACCGUCACCUAUGUCGGUGUUAACUGGCCGGGAUCGCUCGAUACCAUGAUUCCGGAAGGUCUACAGUAUCAGUCUAUUGAAUCAAUCAUCUCUCGAGUUAAGAGUCUAGGCAUGAACACUAUUCGGCUCACAUACGCCACUGAAAUGAUAGAUCAAUACUACGAUAAUGGGGAGACUGAUGUAACAAUUCAGAAAGCCCUUACCGAUGCUUUGGGACAAGAUGGUGGAAAGGCAGUGUACGAUAAGAUCAUUACCAACAACCCAUCUUUUAAUACAAAGACGACGCGGUUACAGAUUUAUGACGCUAUUGCGGAUGAGUGUGCCAAACAAGAGAUCUAUGUCCACUUAGAUAACCAUAUCUCAAAAGCUGGCUGGUGCUGCAGCCCCCUUGAUGGGAACUCCUGGUGGGGCGACGAAUUCUUUAACAUUGAGAACUGGGCCCGAGGCCUAUCGUUCAUGGCAACUCAUGGGAAAACAUGGCCAAGCCUUACAUCAAUGUCUCUGCGAAAUGAGCUUCGCAUACCCCUAAAUAACCUCACAUUUGCCAGCAGUUCCUACAGCUGGGAACGUUGGUAUACUUAUAUUAAACAGGGCUCAAGUGCUAUUCAUAAAGCCAAUGAAGACGUCCUGAUAUUCCUUUCGGGUCUAGAUUCGGACCUGGAUUUAAGCCCCGUGGUUAACGGGACAGCCCUCACGCCCGGAUCAGCUACAUUCAAUAAGGACGAUUUCUCGGGCUUCGCGAAUAAACUAGUUCUCGAGCUACAUGCAUACGACAACAUUUUCGGACCUGGGCCCAGCAACUGUACUACGGUUCAAGUCAAAUUAUUUAACGCUGGAUUCAAGGCCUUAACAGACGAAGCUGAGAACCAAUUCCCAGUUGUCUUGACGGAGUUCGGUCUCGUACAGAACGGCACAUCUGCGCAAGACCCAUAUGUCUCAUGCCUCCUGGAUUAUGUACCUUCAGCGAAUGCCGGUUGGAUGAUAUGGGAAAUAGGGGGAAGUUACUACAUCCGCGAAGGGACUCAGGAUCAUGAUGAAAGCUGGGGUUUAUUGACACACGAUUGGUCGGAUUGGAGGUCUUCGGAUUUUGCCAAUAACGUCCUAACACCUGCGGCGAAACGGACUUUCACAAUAGACCCGAACUCAGCAAGCAAUAUCUCCCCCAACACAGCCAACGACGAUAAAUCCCAGGGAGUGAGUAUGUCAGCCAUGCGCACUUCAGCUUUCUUCGAUUUACCAUUACCACUGCUUGUCGCAAUACUGGUGGGGUUUGUAUCUGUCUUUUAA